AUGGUUCUUCGUUGUAUAUUGUGUUGUAGUGCAUCAAAUACACACAAAGACGUCAGUUUCCAUCGGUUUCCAAAGAAUGAAACUGUACGAUCAAUUUGGAUUGACUCUUUAAGUAUAAAAGAAGUUGUUAAAGACUGGCAUCGAAUUUGUAGUUCACACUUCUCUCCAGAUCAUUUUACUUUUAAAAAUGAACGGAAGAUUUUAAAACUAAGUGCCAUUCCAAAAGAGAAAGAAGUGAAAGACGAAGUCGGAAGUUGUGAAACUUCCUUAGACCAUGACGUGAAUUUAAUGAGUAACAGUUUAAUUGAAGUUGAUUGUUGUCCUGAUAUUGACAUUUUCAAUGAAUCUGCACCAAGUACAAGUAAAAGGUUAAAUAGUCCAUCAAAAAACACCAAGAAAAAGAAGAAAAAAUCUAAGGUUGUAAAUACUAAAGAAGAAAUGUCACAGAAACAAUCAAAUAAACGUAAACGUCAGACGUCUGAUAAAGAAUACUCGAAAAACGAUACUCCUCAAUCAGAGAACACGGAUGUGGAUAAUAAUUAUAUUGAAGAAGACGACAGUAAAUAUUGUAAUCAAAUGUCUGACAAUGCCUACGGAGACAAAAAUGUUCUCACUGGAAAAACUCCUCUCCAGUGCGACUUUUGCUUUAAAACUUUUGAUUACAGAUCUAAUUUGCUUGUUCAUAGAAGAACGCACACCGGUGAAAAACCAUAUGGGUGCGACAUUUGUGGUCUAGCAUUUAUGAUGCACGGUCAUUUAGUUAGACAUCAAAGAACGCACACAAGGGAGAAACCAUAUGGAUGCGAUGUUUGUGGAAAAUCAUUUCCGGAAGAAGGAACAUUGGUUAAACAUAAACGAAUGCACACCGGUGAGAAACCACAUGGGUGCGACGUUUGUGGACUCGCAUUUAUGAUGCAAAGUCAUUUAGUUAGACAUCAAAGAACGCACACCGGUGAGAAACCAUAUGGAUGCGAUGUUUGUGGAAGAUCAUUUUCGGAAAGAGGAAAUUUGGUUAGACAUAAAAGAACGCAUCCAACAUCUAAUAAUGCCUAUAGUGAUAAAAAUGUUCUCACUGGAAACACUCCUCUCAAAUGUGACUUAACCGUCACAGGUGAGAAAAAAUAUGAGUGCGAUGUUUGUGGCCGAUCAUUUUCGGAAAAAGGAAGUUUAGUUAAACAUAAUAGAACGCAUGAAACAUCUGACAUUGCCUACGGUGAGAAAAAAUAUGAGUGCGAUGUUUGUGGACUAGCAUUUCACACGCUAAGUAAUUUAGUUAGACAUCAAAGAAAGCACACCGGGGAGAAACCAUAUGCGUGCAAUUUUUGUGGAAAAUCAUUUUCGCAGAAAAAUCAUUUGGAUGUACAUAAUAGAAUACACACCGGGGAGAAACCAUAUGUGUGUGCCGUUUGUAGCCUUUCAUUUUCUGAUAAAAAACAUUUGGUUAUACAUAUUAGAAAGCACACCGGAGAGAAACCAUAUGUGUGCGACGUUUGUAGCCAAUCAUUUCCGGAAAAAAGACUUUUGGUUACACAUACUAGAACGCACACCGAGGAGAAACCAUAUGCGUGCGUAGUUUGUGGAAAAUCAUUUUGGCAGCAAUAUAAUUUGGUAGUACAUAAUAGAACACACACCGGGGAGAAACCAUAUACGUGCAAUGUUUGUGGCCGAUCAUUUUCGGAAAAAGGAAGUUUAGUUAAACAUAAUAGAACGCACACAGGCGAACGACCAUACGAGUGCAGUCAGUGUGGAAAAAAGUUCAAAACAAGCCGAGACUGUAAAAGACAUACACUAGGUGUUCAUGCCAAAAAAAAAAAAAAAAAUUGA